CCAAAAGUCCCUAUCCCCUCAAACAGGUCUGCUUCGUUCGAGGUCGAAAACACAUCCUCUCGCCUCUUUCAGCGGCGGAAAAAGAUUUCCUCGUUAGCGAAAGGCUCCACUGUUACUUUCCUUGAAAUCACACCAUCUCCUUGGUUCAGUUACAAGUACCGUUCAACGUCCUGAUUCACCUCACGGCGGCGGGACGACAGAUCGCUCAGGUUUGACAAUGGCUGCUUUGGUGCAAGGCUAUCCCCGGCAAUCUGGGACUGCUACCAUGCUUCAGACAAGACCGGCCUCCUCCACCGGCAUCAUCCAGCCUGCCCAGUCGCAGUCAAAUCCACAAUAUGGUCACAACAUGUCCCAGAGAAACAGUAUACACGGGAUGUCUGGUGUGGUCGGCGCACCAGUGGUGUACCGUCAAGCUUCUGGCUCUGUGCAACAAUACGCUUUUACCAACGCGCCAGCUCUCAACCACGCAACACAUCACCACCAAUUCAGGCAACACCGUACCUCGUCAACACCAUCCGUUCCCCAAGUACAGAACUUGGAUCAGUCUGGAGCGCAUACCCGAUACCAAUCCAGCAACUCCAUGACAAAUCUUCCCAGCCCUGCAACUACCAGUGGGCAAUCAGCCGGCGGUUCGAGAGACGAUUCGGUCAUUUCAGUGGGCAGUAGCAGGAGAGUCGCUCCUUUACCUCGGCCUCAUUCGGCGCAUCUGGGCGAAACCUUCUCGGUACCUCUGAUCGCUUCCGCGGGCCCGCCCAAAGUGUCGCCAGAGAGGUAUCGCCGGCCAGCGCAACGGGCGAAUGAAACAGCACCAACCAUGUCAAACACAUCGGAGCACAAGAGCGUUAUGCUGCGCGGUCCAAACGGAGCGCUCCCACACCGGCCAAAUAGCUUCGCAGGUGCAAUGGGGGGCUCAGCGGUCGAUGACAUGCUUCUCCCUCAUGGUCAAGUCCGAGAGGAUGUCAAGCGAGCCAGGAGACGCAGCAUGCCUGCAUUGGAUUCCGCCGGUCUUGCGAUGCCCCUAGCCCCCCUCUACGCUGCUCAGCCCACCGAUGUGUCCUCAAAGUCACGAAAGACUGGCGAAAAGGAAGCCAAAUCUUCCGGACGAACGGUUAACAACUUGAGUGUUGGUCGCGUUGCUGCCCAUACACGUACCAGCAGUACUGAUAGCCGUUCGUCGAGCCGCAGCACUGCUAGCAGUGGAACCCGCCCAGCAUCUUCUGCCAACCUCAGCGCCAAUGUGGCCAACCCCACCGGAAACCCCGCUCACUCUUCUAUCCCAGAACAACACCACAGCAACGGCCAAGAUCACGCUCGACUGGUCAACAUCCCGCCAAGAGGAUCUUCUUCCGAUGCUACCAACACGAAGCGUCUUACUAACCUCUCUCCUCUCUCUAAACCCGUGGCUAUGGACACUGACGCCGGACGCAACGCGACCGCUGGUGUCACCGCUGGUCGCUCGGCAUCGCCGGUGAAGACGCCCUCCCCGCCGCAGGCUCAUAGCCCGGCUGCGAAGCAACUAGCUGCUCUCAGCCAUAACGACAGCAAGCCCAAGAGCAAGACGUCACGUCUUCGUCGGGCAUUCUCAUUCAGCAGUGCGUCUGAGUUCAGGAAAGCGGUCCAUCAUCAGGACGCCGAGAAUGGCCCAUCUAAACUGCAUAAGGAUCAGAACUCCAAUGAGCCGUUGGACGCUGAGCAGGCCCGUAUCGCACAGCAGCAAGAGGCAGCUGGUAUUGGAAGCAACAUAUAUGGCCCCAGGAUAUUCGGGGGCUCGACCGACAAUCUCUCCAUCUCCUCAACCGCCUCCUCAGCUUCGGUUAUGAUUCGCAAGAUGGGACGCGGUAUGAAGAAGAGCACCAGGUCACUUGCUGGACUAUUCAGACCUAAGUCCGUCAUUGGUGUCCCUGCUGCCGACGCAAAGGCACCAGACGCUUCGCAAGCUACAGUGUCCAUGAUCAAUGUCGAGGCUGAAAGGGAAAGGGUGAAUGUCAAUGCCGACGUUCGUUCCCAAAGCGGAGGCGGUACCGGAUUUCCUCGGCUUGAAAGGAACUCACUUGAUGCCAGCAGAGCGCCAGGUCUUGGGAUGGAGCGUGCGGGAAGCCUGGGUAGUGAUGGAUCAGCUGCAAGGAAGAGCAUUAUCGGCGGUGAACGAGAAAGGGCCGAAGUGCUUGCUGCAGUCCGCAAGGGAAUCUUGAAACACACCAACAGCAACUCGCCGAGCCCAUCUCCCCGACCUGCGGAGGGCCGAGGACUUGAUGCCCCAAGUGCCAUCACUGACUCUCCCAACUCCAGCGCACCCAGCACGCCAAACAAUGAUGAUCGAGCUGGCCAAGUUCCGAUCGGUAGCGAGGAUUAUUUUGUAACAGCACUCCGCCUUCGGCAGGACACCAAAAGCGCACCUGGGACACCUCAGGGAUCCAUGAAGCGAUGCGCCACAUUCAGCCCACGGAUUGCCUUCUAUGAGACGUGGCCCAGCCAGGAGUAUGAUCGCCGCGGUGAAAUCGCCACUUGCAAUCGCUUGACACCUGUGCUGGCCCAACAAAUCAAAGAAGAACUCAACAGCUUCAAGAUGGAAAUGGAAGUUCACGAGAACUCUAAAAUCUACACGCACUUCUUCUGACGAGUCCAACGUUACAGCGGUUCAACGUGCAGCGCACCCAUAAUUCUCGUUUCCGAGGCAUUUCCUAUUUCUCUCAGCAAAGAGCAUUGUUUGGUGUUUAUGGCGUUAUUCGGAUUUUGUCGCUUCCAGCAAGGCUUUAUUGCCUCGUAGACUCGCUCAAGAGUA